CUUAGCCUAGCAUGUCUUGCUACGUCAUUAAGCUGCCUCUGUUUAGGAAAUUUAAUGCACGUGCCUAGAAAUGACACAGUUGUAAGCUGAUUUAUAAAGAAAUAGUCUAUAUUAACGCUUUAAAUACAACAUUUAUACGCCGUAUACAGCGCGUUUAACUACUCAAAUAUCCCACGCAGUUCCUGAUAGCAGCAGUUUGCUAACACCACCUAAAACACAGACAGCUGUGUAAAUAUGGCUAACUAAAGUAAAGCUUACUUCUAAAAUGGUUCUGUCGUUUACUCUGUGUUCUCCUGCUCGUCUCCUUACGUUUUCUCGGGCAAAAUUCUGGAAGCCUGCAGUGUCCAUACGAUUUAAGCUGCCCUUGUUUGUCCAGCGUUGUUGCACCACGUCGGAAACCUAUGUUUCAUCAGUUAAUCGCUUCAGAACUACAACUGACGAGUACAAAAACCUACAGAAGUAUUUCAUCAGGAGACUGGAGGCAGCAUAUUGCAGGUUCUCCCAUAUCCCUGAUGAUUCUGUGGUCUAUGGACGUAAUCACGUUUACUUCAUCCAAGAUGAUGGCAUUUACAGAACAGAACAAAGAAAUGGUGAAAAGGAGCCAGAGCAUGUGAUAAACCUAGAACAAAUAUCUAAAGGGGACGGGAAGACAAAACCUGAGAAUGAGGAGAUUUUUCAUUGGACAAUCCAGAGAAUACGUCUUUCUCCACAAGAGAAGCAUCUUGCCACCACAUUCAAAUGUAGUCACAAUGAUGAGUUAAGGUGUGUGGUUGUUCGACUUCUGAAUCCCCACAACAUCCUACUCAAGCUGGAGAGAGUCCUCAGCCUUGAGUGGGCCUCAGACGAUGUCCUGGUUUACACAACACUGGAAGGCCUACGCUCCACCACGGUGUUUCGUCUGGACCUGACCUCCAGUGGAAGUAAAAUAACGUGUGUGUAUGAGGAAACUCAGCCUGAUGUGUUUGUGGAGGUUGCCCAGUCAAGAGACCGACAAAUCCUGACCAUCAACUGCAACAGCAGAACCAGUUCAGAGGUGCUACUCAUCGAUGGAGCAGCAUCACAUUUAAAUCCUUUUGUGGUUCAACCUCGCCAGCUGGACCUCCUGUACCACGUGGAGCACUGGAGAGGGCAUCUUAUUAUACUGGCAAAUACAGGGCCAAGACAAGAAUAUCAGGUAGUGGUGUCUCCCCUCUCUGAACCAUCCAUGGCGUCUUGGGUGGCUUUGUACACACCUGAUCCUGGUACUGCAAUUAAAGAUAUGGAUGUUAUUGGAAACCAUUGUGUGUUGGUUGCAAAAACACCAGCCAAUGAACUCGCUCUGAUUGUGGUUUCACUGACCCAUCCCAAAGACCCAAAGAUUGUACAGCUCCCCUCCUGGGCUUGUGCCAUUGAAACCAAGAAACCAGGCUUGGCAGACCAGCAAGAUGUGUUCGAAUUUCUUUUAUCAUCUCCAGUCCAUCCACCUGUUCCAUACUCUCUGUAUCCAAAGAAAGAGCUUCUUUUAUCAGGCACUGGUAAUGUUUCCUCUCCAGAGAACCGAGCCAGGUCUAUCACAACACGUCUGGAAGCCUGCAGCCAAGAUGGCACCUUUGUGCCAGUGACACUGUUCCAUUCAGCACCUCUGGAGCGUCUGAGCCAGGUGCCUUUGCUUGUCCAUGUAUACGGAGCUUAUGGUAGAGAUCUGAACAUGGAGUUCUGCCCAGUAAGAAGAAUGCUGUUGGAGCAGGGCUGGGCACUGGCCUACUGUCACAUCAGAGGUGGAGGAGAGCGUGGUCUUUCCUGGCAAAGACAAGCUCAAGUAGAAGGGAAGACAAGGGGAGUUGAGGACCUCCAAGCCUGUCUCAAUCACCUUUUCUCUUUGGGAAUCUCUUCUCCUUCACUCACUGCCCUCACAGCCUGCAGUGCUGGAGCUGUGCCAGUGGGAGCACUUUGCAACAAAAACCCAAACUUGAUGCGGGCUAUAGUACUGCAUGCUCCUUUUCUGGACGUAUUGGGAACUAUGGAGAGCCCCAGUCUUCCUCUGGUUUUGGAGGACAGAGAUGAGUGGGGGAACCCUGUGGAAAACUUGAAACACAGACAAAUCAUAUCUUCCUACUGUCCUCUUCACAACAUAAAGCCUCAGCACUACCCAUCAAUGUUGCUGACAGCCUACAGUGGUGAUCCCAGAGUUCCUUUAGAAGGUGUUCUUAAAUAUGUUGAACAUCUUAACAAAGCCAUUCAUACACACUUCAGCACGAAACCCAAGACAGAUUGUAAACAAAUACCAAACAUAGUUCUUAAUCUCCAACCUGGAGUGAAUCAUCUUGGACCUGAAAGGUUUGAGCAGAUACUGGAGGAGGAGGCCCUCAAGCUCGCAUUUCUAUACACAGAAUUAGGUCUGGACUGUCCGCAGCCUCGACACAGGAGGAAGAGAUAAAUGUCUGCCAGGAGGAAAACGUCUACACUUACAGCCACGACUCAGAUGACUUUUAUACUAACCAGAAAGAAGAUGGUAUAACCAACAAACUGAUCUGUUACUUUAUUGUAUGGCAACAAAAGAAAACUCCACUGAACAAUCUCACUGAUUUUUGACUGUUAAAUCUUAAUAAUUGCAUCCAAUUUUUGAUGUACAUCAGCAUUUAUAAAGUAUGUCAAUGGUGUCCAAAUAGCAG